UUAAAAUACAGAUCAGACAGCAGCAUCAUUCUCCAAUGAGAGCGAUAAAUGAUUCUAUCUAAACAUUUAUUGGCUCUUUGUGUCAUGUGAUGUGAACAAAACUUUUCCCACACAAACGUUAGCCACCUAGCAUUGCUUCUGAUCGGUAUCAGUUUGAUAUCCUCGUUAGGGUCCAUUUUUAUUGUUUACGAUGAAACGUAAAAUAACAGAUGUUUUUGGCACAAUGCCACCAAAAGUGAAGGGAAUUUCGGCUGCAGAUAUUCCACCUGUGGUUUAAUGUUAUUUAACCCAUGGGGAUGCUUCAGCAGAUGGGUCUGCUGCUUCCCCUGGCUUGUUUGUCGCUACAGCAGACAUGGAGGAUAACCCUGGGUGUGCCGCUGCUGCCUCGGCUGUCCAUACUAUAUCUGCCGCUCCUCCAGAAAAAUGUUUACCGCCUUCUGGCCCGACUGUAUAAUCCUCCAUUGCUCCAGAGCUCCCAGCUUCCACAUCUUCUUCUUCUACAAGCCAGGCAGAGGUUCACUGCUCCAGCGACUGUUGCAGGGAUCUGACAAAGUCUCACCAACCAGACGACCCAGCAAUUCUCUCUGGGACAAGACGGGUACAAGGUGUAACACAGAACAGCCGGUUUGUUCAACCACAGUGGUUUAAAGAUUUCAAGUGGCUAACGCUGGUCCAACGCGGGCAAAAAUAUUCUGCACUCAGUGUCGCCUUUAGUCCAUUAAAGGACUGGGUUUGGGAUGAAGCAAAACUAAUGAAAACGCUUUCUCUGUGCUUGGAUUCCAAAACUGGAAAAAUGCUGUGUGCUCUUUUCGAAAACAUGAAAGCAGCAAAUAUCAUAGAGAGGUUGUAGUUUAUUACAACAUGUAUUCAUCCCAAGAGCAGACUAUUUGGUCCCAGCUUGACGCCCAGCUCAAAGUUAAACAACAGCACAGACGCAACAUGCUGGUUAAGGAGAUAACUUCCAUCAUGUAUCUCAUGGGUCAGGACAUGGUACUAGAUAGUAAUAAUCCAACAAACAGCAACCUUUACAAGCUGUUGGAAUUACGCACACAGGGUUGUCCUGAAAUGUACCAGUGGUUGGCAGACAGAAACUAUAUGAGCCAUGACAUAAUAAAUGAACUGAUUAAUUCAGUUUCUCAUUCAGUAUUGUCACAGAUUAUUUCACCUAUUCGUGGGGAGUUUUAUGCAAUAUUAGCAGAUGAAACGAGAGACAUUUCAAACAAAGAGCAGUUAGUGGUUCUUUUCCUCUGGGUUGACGACAGUUUUGUCCCUCACCAGGACUUUGUUGGCCUAUUCGACUUGCCGCAGGCUGACGCCUCCACCAUCCUCACUGCACUAAACGAUGUUCUUGUCCGCUGCAACAUUUUGCCCAGUAUGUGCCGUGGACCGGCAUAUGAUGGGGCAGCAAGUAUAUCUGGACAUUUGAAUGGAGUUGCAGCAAGCUUCAAACGGGACAAUCCGGCAGCUGUUUAUGUGCAUUGUCUUAAUUUAUGUUUGCAAGAAACAGGAAAAAAAUUUAAAGUCAUGAGAGAUGCGCUGGAUUUUGUGCUAGAAGUUGCACAUAUUGUGAAACAAUCUCCCAAACAGAGCCACAAGUUUCAAGUCUUAAAACAUGAAAUGGCCCCCGGUAAUAGUAACCUGCGCACUCUUUGCCCAACGAGAUGGACAGUGCGCACAGGUGCAGUGAAAUCUGGCCUUGAUAACUACGCUUUACUUUCCACAUUGAUGACUGAAAUAAAUGAAGAAUCAUACAGCGAUGAAGCUGGGGGAAUUUUGGCUGCGCUGGACAAAUUUAGCACAUUUUAUGGUUUGCAUCUGGUGCUCAUGUGUUUUUCUCCAACUGAGCAGCUGUCUAGAACCUUACAGACUGUAAACAUAUCAUUACAGGAUGCACAAAAGGCUGUAGCUUUGACGAGGAACUUAAUUCAGGGAAAGAGGUCAGAUCACGUUUUUGAGGAGUUUUACCAAAACGUUUUGAAACACUCGCAAGGUCUCACAGACGCCCCAGUGUUGCCCCGGUAACAGAAACGCCAUACUAGACUAGAUUCAGGAAGAGAGUCUGCACACACAUUCCAGAACCCAGUGGAUUAUUAUAGAAAAAUAUACUUUGAGCUCCUGGAUCUACUUGAUGGUGAAUUGGAGCGGCGUUUUGAACAGAGAGACUUGCAUGUCCCAGCUGCUCUGGAGCACAUGAUUAUUUCUGCCACUAAAAAAGAGACUCCAUCUUUCCCUUCUCUAAUAAUGGAUCUCUACAACAGUGAUUUUGACAGUGACACUCUCCGUGCGCAGCUGGGAAUGUUGCCGGGCGUGAUUCAGACUUCUGGGAUUGAGCGAGGCCCAACAAUAGCCUCAGUAGCGUCGGCAAUGAAUGCCACUCCUGUGGCAAAAAAUCUACUCCCAGAGGUGCACAAACUGUUGAAAUUAUUCUACACCAUCCCUGUGUCCGCUGCCAGAGCUGAGAGGUGUUUCUAAUCCCUUCAUCGUAUCAAGACGUAUUUAAGAUCAACAAUGACCCAGAGAAGACUGAAUAGCUUGAUGCGCGCCCACACACACAGGGAGGUUUUGACCACAGUGGAUGCUUUGAGGAUAGCCAGAGACUUUAUCCAGCAUAAUGACAGACGGAGACACUUCUUCGG